AUGGAUCCGGACGACGACUGGGACGGGGACGAACACUCUCACGACCUCGUCCAUGUCCCUCUCGACUCUCACCAAGGACGAACUGUGCUACCGAGUCCUAUAGCAAAGGCCGUCAGUCUUGCCACUCGCUCAACAUGUUUAGCAAUCCAAUCCCUUCAUCAGCUCCACGGCUUCGAUGCACCAGCAUCCACCACCAGUCUGGAGCUCAGCAUACGAGGAAUCCCGGCAGAUCCAGAGAGCAGACCUGGUGGCGACCUGGGCAGAGAAGAUGCAGAAACUGUCCUGGAGAGGAGCUUGGAGCACCUGCAUAGUGCCAUGUCGCAAAUCGUUUUCUGGACUACGACCGGAUUUCAGAUGACGAGCACCACCAUUUCCGUCGCUUCAGAGAUAUCUCAGCUUCUUCUUUCGUCUCUCGACCAAUUCUUUGGCUCAACCGACUCUUCACGUGCCAUUGCGAGCAUCAUUACUUUAAUUCGCCGCGAGUUUCAGAAUCCUGCGACUGGUGUGGAGGGUGAGCGUGUGGGUGUUGUAGAUCUGGUCAUGGGCUUGUGCGCGUUGGCCUACCUGCAGCGCAAAUGUCGACGUUUCCUCGACGAAGAGACAAGACGACUUGGCCACGAUGAGAUCGUUUGGGAUGUCGUUGUACUCAACGACGGGGAGCGGGUCGACAUUCACGAAAACAGCCUGUACGGUGUGCACAAAGGCCGCUACAAAAGCAAAGGUCCUGAUAUUUUGGUUUCCAUCCCUGGAGAUCAACCGAGUCCUGGUAUACUAGCCACUAUCGAACGACAUGGCGAGCGAGAAACCAGCGAAGACGAAGACGACUACGACCUGCCAGAAAUUCGCCUGAAGAACCAGAUCAUGCGGUCUAUGCCUGCAGAUACAAGCGUGUCCAUCUCGACAACGACCUUGACGAGGAAGAUGAUCACUGUGGAUUUCACGGGACCCGAGCCCCCAACUUUGACACCGCCUCCAGGCGUCGAGGUCGUCGAGCGAGAAGUCCUGCCAUCUUCAGAGGGCCCAAAGGAGCAGUUGGUGAGGCAUCAAGACGUCCCGACCUACCGGGUCGUCUACAGAGUCGACAAGAGCAAACAUCGAAACACAACAAUCCAAGGCUUCGAGGAGGCAGAAGACAACUCUCGAAAAGUGGAAUCACUAGACGACACCGAGGAGUCCGAUGGAUACGGUCGAAACGACGAAAAGGAUGAACCGCCACCCGUACCACCCAAGAAGGCGCUGACGCCGGCCCCGGCCACUAUUCCGAGGUCAGAUGCGACAUCCAACCCGACCCCUCGUCGAGUAAAGGUUGGUCCUGGUUUCCCCUCGACUUCACCCGGCAGUCGAGUCUCUCAGAUCCCAACGCCCAAGCAGAGUCCCGAAAACGCGCCAAACCAAAAGCGACAGCGCGCGCCUCUAGGCCCCCUACCAGUGCGGGCACGUCAGGAGAGUGCCGUCUCCUCGCACGCCGAAGCCAACAAGCCCAAGAGAACCAAAGGCGAGUCCUUGUCAAGUAGCAAACCAUCGGAGAAGCCCACAACGGAGAAAAAGGGAGGCAUCAGGCAAGCCUUGAAAAGGGGUACCAGCUCAAACAUCUCCAACCUCUUCCAUCGAGACGGAACGAGCACCGGCACCGGCAAUUCGCAGCCUACGGGGAAAGCCAAGCAGCCGGCAAAGACUGCCGCAAGAGAUGGGACAACACGUACCUCUACUCAGCCCAGCCGUCCGCCCCAGACCAGGGCCAUGGGCCCGACUGCUGCCUCCAGCUCGAGAGGCCGGGCCUAUGAGAACCCCUCACCUGUACCUCGCAGCUCUUCGCGAGCCAGUUACAUCUCUGUACACGAGCGACGUCGAGACUCGAUUGUGUCACAAACGGACACUUACUCCUUCCAUGCCGUCGACGGAUAUCGGCCCCAGUCUCCCGGAUACACCCGCCGUGACGGCAUGGGCCAGCCCAGCAUCCCCAAGUCACGGUCAGAGAAGGACAUGAACGAUCAGAAGCCACCGUCGCCAAUGAAGUCCAGGAGAGCGCGUUCCCACGUUAACACGCCUAGCCUCUACAGCAUCGCCAAUACCGGCUCCCAGACGUCUCUGGUUCUGUCAUCGUACUAUCAGAAGAGCGCAUACACCGACUCCGAAGCCAUCGACACCUUGAGGCGGGCAGGCACAGUGGAUGGUGUUUUCCCGGCAUUCCACCUGCUCCGAAACAUCACGCGGUACAUGCGUUUCUCUUCCGCUUCAUACGGGUCCAACUUUCUCAAGUUCAUGGGUAUUUCAAAGGACAUGCCCCUGAUCAAAGCGUUGGACGACACACACCACGAGAUCCGCUCCUUUGCCCACCACACGGAAUCCGAGUCCACCAGCAUCCUCCUCGCCUCCUUCGUCGACGCCCAGGGCGGAUCCGACACCACUGGCUCAACUGGCACCGGCGUCCCCUUGGUCCACUACAUAUCCCUCGACCACGAAUCCAAAGCCGUCGUCCUCGCGUGCCGCGGCACCCUCGGCUUCGAGGAUGUCCUGGCCGACAUGGCCUGCGACUACGACAACCUCUACUGGCGCGGCAAGUCCUACAAGGUCCACAAGGGCAUCCACGCCUCCGCCCGCCGCCUCCUAUACGGCGGCGACGGGCGCGUCCUCUACACCCUUAAGGAGGCCCUCGACGAGUUUAGCGACUACGGCCUCGUCCUGUGUGGCCACUCGCUCGGCGGCGGCGUCACGGCGCUGCUGGGCACCAUGCUCGCCGAGCCCUCAUCGUCAGGCACGGGCUUCGUCACCACCUCGGACCCGCACCGCCGGCUCCUCGGCGACGGACGCCUCCUCGACGCCGACACAACACACGUCUGCCUCCCCUCGGGCCGCCCCAUCCACGUCUACGCCUAUGGCCCUCCCGGGACAAUGUCUCCCGCCCUCCGCAAAGCCACCCGCGGCCUCGUCACCAGCGUCGUCCACGGCUGCGACCUCGUCCCCUUCCUCUCCCUCGGCGUCCUGCACGACUUUCAGGCCGUGGCGCUCGCGUUCAAGAGCGACAACCACGAAGCAAAAGUCGAGGUCAAGCAGCGGAUAUGGCAGGCCUUCCAGUCCGGGCUGGCGGAGAAGUGGUACACCAACAGCGGCUCCCGCUCCUCCUCCACCCUGGCCGCCGGCGCCGACGAGGAUAAAUGGAGCAUCUCGGCGCUGACGACGCUGCGCUCCAGCAUGAUGAGCCUGAAGUUGCUGCCUCCAGGCGAGGUGUUUAUCGUCGAGAGCCAGCGGGUGCUGAGGCGUGACGCUUUUCUUGUUUCUGACGAGGAGUCUAUCGGCCGGCCUGCGCAGCGGAUCGUGCUCAAGUACGUCAGGGACGUCGAGUCGCGCUUCAGAGAGGUGCGGUUCGGGACGAGCAUGUUGAUUGACCACAGCCCGGCCAAGUAUGAAGAGGCGUUGAAUAAGCUGCGGUUCGGAGUUGUUGAAAGUUGA